AGGCCCGCCCCGCCGGGUGCACGCCCAUUCCGCCUUGCACAGCGGGUCCCGGCAUCCCUCACGCGUGGAUGCCGGGCUUCCGGACUUGGGCGGAGCCGGCCGUUUGGCCGUCUGCGUUUUUCUGCCCAGAGCUUUCCAGCACCGGUGGCGGGGAGCCAUGGAGUCCCGGGCAGUUGCGGAUGCCUUGGAGAUGGAGGAUGAACACGUGGUGACGGAAGCUCUACGGUCCUUCAACCGGGAGCACUCCCAGAGCUUCACCUUCGAUGAUGCCCAACAGGAGGACAGAAAGAGACUUGCAAAGCAGCUGGCCUCCGUACUGGAGCAGGGCUUGCCACCAUCACACCGAGUCAUCUGGCUGCAGACUAUCCGAAUCCUGUCUCGAGACCGCAGCUGCCUGGACCCAUUUGCCAGUCGCCAGAGCUUACAUGCACUAGCCUGCCAUGCUGGCAUCUCCACCUCGGAGGGACCCACCCCACAGGCCCCAGACAUGGAUGUCCUACUGGAGUCCCUCAAAUGCCUAUGCAAUCUCGUGCUCAGCAGUCCCACAGCACAGAUGCUGGCAGCAGAGGCCCACCUGGUAGUGAAGCUAGCAGAGCGUGUGUCACUGUACCGCAAAAGGAGCUUCCCCCAUGAUGUCCAGUUCUUUGACUUGAGACUCCUCUUCCUGCUAACAGCUCUUCGCACUGAUGUGCGUCAGGAACUGUUUCAGGAGCUGCAUGGUGUGAGUCUGCUGACUGAUGCACUGGAACUGACACUGGGGGUAGCCCCCAAAGAAAGUGCCCCUGAGAUACUUCCCGCCCAAGAAACAGAGCGGGCCAUGGAGAUCCUCAAAGUGCUCUUUAACAUCACCUUCGACUCUGUCAAGAGAGAGGUGGAUGAGGAAGACGCUGCCCUUUACCGGUACCUGGGGACCCUUCUGCGGCACUGUGUGAUGGUUACUGCUGCUGGAGACCGCACAGAGGAGUUCCAUGGUCACACGGUGAAUCUCCUGGGGAACUUGCCCCUCAAGUGUUUAGAUGUCCUUCUUGCCCUGGAGCUACAUGAAGGUUCCUUGGAGUUUAUGGGAGUUAAUAUGGAUGUGAUCAGUGUCCUCCUUGCCUUCCUAGAGAAGCGUCUACACCAGACCCACAGGCUGAAGGAGUGUGUGGCUCCUGUGCUGAGCGUACUGACAGAGUGUGCCCGCAUGCAUCGUCCUGCCAGGAAGUUCCUGAAGGCCCAGGUGCUGCCUCCUCUGAGGGAUGUGAGGACUCGGCCUGAGGUGGGAGACCUACUUCGAAACAAGCUUGUCCGCCUCAUGACACACCUGGAUACAGAUGUGAAGAGGGUAGCUGCCGAGUUCCUCUUUGUCUUGUGCUCUGAGAGCGUGCCCCGAUUCAUCAAGUACACAGGCUACGGGAAUGCUGCUGGCCUCCUGGCUGCCAGGGGCCUCAUGGCUGGGGGCCGGCCCGAGGGCCAGUACUCAGAGGAUGAGGAUACUGACACAGAGGAGUACAAGGAAGCCAAGGCCAGCAUCAACCCUGUGACUGGGAGGGUGGAGGAGAAGCCGCCCAACCCUAUGGAAGGCAUGACAGAGGAACAGAAGGAACAUGAGGCCAUGAAGCUAGUGAACAUGUUUGACAAGCUUUCCAGGCACAGAGUUAUCCAGCCCAUGGGGAUGAGUCCCCAGGGUCACCUCACUUCUCUGCAAGAUGCGAUGUGUGAGACCAUGGAGGGGCAGCUCUCCUCGGACCCUGAGUCAGACCCUGAUUGAGGACAGUAUUGGCUCUGCUCCCCUUCAGAACUGGUGCUGCUUCCAGACAUGUCCUUGGGGUGCUGCCUGUAAAGAAGCCACACUCCUUUCCAGCAGGAGAUUCUUUCUCUUUACUCUCCAUACUGUUCAUGAUUUGCCUCUCGUCCAGAUUCUUGUCUUUAGGACUGGGUGGUCCUGUCCUCUGAAGAUGAGAAUUUACCUUCAAUUUUCACCAGUGAAGUUGUUUCUUUGAUUUGUGCUGAGCAUGUGCAGAGACUGCUGCCAAGGGCAGAAUUGCUUUGGCACACAAAUGAGCUUGCAUGUGUGAGGACAGAAGCAGAGCAGGGCAUAUAUUUUGUAAGCAUGUCUGGGGCUGGCACGACAGCCCAGAGCCCAUUUGUAAGGGCUUACAGAUAGAUGUAAGGCAUAUGCUGUAUUUCAUAGGUGAAAGAAUCUGCUGAACUGUUAAUAAGUAUAGCAGAAGUAUACUGAGCACCAUGGUUCCUGUUUGUGGCCCCACUAAGCACAGGACAGGUGGCCUUUUAUGCAUUCUCCUUGGUCCUGGCUCAGCUACCCACUGGUUUAGUAAUUAUAUGAAGGAAAAAGUUAUUUGUGAGAUCACAAAGUGAAAUCUUGGGGUUUCUGAGGCACAGAAACAUCCCAGAAUAAAGAGUUUGGGACCAAGA